AUGGAGACCGGUGCGGGCCCACAUCCGUUGCGCCUGUUCGUCUGCCUGAUGCCGCUCUGUCUGGCGUUGCUUUUGGGACCAGGGAGGCCCGGGAUCGCCGAGGAAGUCAUCCUCCUGGAUUCCAAAGCCUCCCAGGCUGAGUUGGGCUGGACUGCACUGCCAAGUAAUGGGUGGGAGGAGAUCAGCGGCGUGGACGAGCAUGACCGUCCGAUCCGCACAUACCAGGUGUGCAACGUGCUGGAGCCCAACCAGGACAACUGGUUGCAAACUGGCUGGAUCAGCCGUGGCCGCGGGCAGCGCAUCUUCGUGGAGCUGCAGUUCACACUGCGCGACUGCAGCAGCAUCCCGGGCGCCGCGGGCACCUGCAAGGAGACUUUCAACGUCUACUACCUGGAAACAGAGGCUGACCUGGGCCGCGGGCGUCCCCGCCCAGGUGGCAGCCGGCCCCGCAAGAUCGAUACAAUCGCUGCAGAUGAGAGCUUCACGCAGGGCGACCUGGGAGAGCGCAAGAUGAAGCUGAACACAGAGGUGCGCGAGAUCGGUCCGCUCAGCCGGCGGGGUUUCCACCUGGCCUUUCAGGACGUGGGCGCAUGCGUUGCGCUGGUCUCUGUGCGCGUCUACUACAAGCAGUGCCGCGCGACGGUGCGGGGCCUGGCGGCGUUCCCAGCCACCGCAGCUGAGAGUGCCUUCUCCACGCUGGUGGAGGUGACGGGAACGUGCGUGGCGCACUCAGAAGGGGAGCCCGGCAGCCCCCCGCGCAUGCACUGUGGCGCUGAUGGUGAAUGGCUGGUGCCCGUGGGCCGCUGCAGCUGCAGUGCGGGAUUCCAGGAACGUGGUGACAUCUGUGAAGCCUGUCCCCCAGGGUUUUACAAGUUGUCCUCGCGCCGGCCGCUCUGCUCCCCGUGCCCAGAGCACAGCCGGGCCCUGGAAAACGCCUCCACGUUCUGCGUGUGCCAGGACAGCUACGCGCGCUCGCCCACCGACCCGCCGUCGGCCUCCUGCACCCCGCCCUGGGAGGAGGAUGAGAUCCGGAGGGACCGAGUGGAGCCCCAGAGUGUGUCCCUGUCGUGGCGGGAGCCUAUCCCUGCCGGAGCUCCCGGGGCUAACGGCACGGAGUACGAGAUCCGAUACUACGAGAAGGGUCAGAGUGAGCAGACUUACUCCACGGUGAAGACAGGGGCACCCGCGGUCACUGUCACCAACCUGAAGCCGGCUACCCGCUACGUCUUUCAGAUCCGGGCGGCUUCCCCGGGGCCCUCCUGGGAGACUCAGAGCUUCAAUCCCUCCAUUGAAGUGCAGACCCCAGGGGAGGCUGCCUCAGGGUCCAGGGACCACAGCCCUGCGGUCGUCGUCACGGUGGUGACCGUCUCAGCCCUCCUCGUCGUGGGCUCUGUGAUGAGCGUGCUGGCCAUGUGGAGGAGGCCCUGCCCCUAUGGCAAAGGAGGUCAGGAUGCCCACGACGAGGAGGAGCUGUACUUCCACUUCAAAGUCCCGACACGCCGCACGUUCUUAGACCCCCAGAGCUGUGGGGACCCGCUGCAGGCUGUUCAUCUGUUUGCCAAGGAGCUGGAUGCAAAAACUGUCACACUGGAGAGAAGCCUUGGAGCAGGGCGGUUCGGGGAGCUGUCCUUCGGCUGUCUGCAGCUCCCUGGCCGCCAGGAGCUCCCCGUGGCCGUGCACACGCUGAGGGACGGCUGCUCCGACUCUCAGAGGCUCAGCUUCCUGGCCGAGGCCCUCACCCUGGGCCAGUUCGACCAUGGCCACGUCGUGCGGCUGGAGGGUGUCGUCACCCGAGGAAGCACCUUGAUGAUCGUCACCGAGUACAUGAGCCAUGGGGCCCUCGACGGCUUCCUGAGGCGGCAUGAAGGCCAGCUGGUGGCCGGGCAGCUGAUGGGGCUGCUGCCCGGGCUGGCGUCAGCCAUGAAGUACCUGUCGGAAAUGGGCUACGUUCACCGGGGCCUGGCGGCCCGCCGUGUGCUGGUCAGCAGUGGCCUUAUCUGCAAGAUCUCUGGCUUUGGACGGGGGCCCCGGGACCGAGCGGAGGCUGUCUACACCACCAUGAGUGGCCGGAGCCCAGCACUGUGGGCCGCCCCUGAGACGCUUCAGUUUGGACACUUCAGCUCUGCCAGUGAUGUGUGGAGCUUUGGUGUCGUCAUGUGGGAGGUGAUGGCCUUUGGGGAGCGGCCCUACUGGGACAUGUCUGGCCAAGACGUGAUCAAGGCAGUGGAGGAUGGCUUCCGGCUGCCACCCCCCAGGAACUGCCCCUCCCCCCUCCAUCGACUGAUGCUUGACUGCUGGCAGAAGGACCCAGGCGAGCGACCCAGGUUCUCCCAGAUCCACAGCAUCCUGAGCAAGAUGGCGCAGGACCCAGAACCCCCAAAGUGUGCCGCGACCACUUCUCCCAGGCCUCCCACCCCCCUGGCAGACCGUGCCUUCUCCACCUUUCCCUCCUUUGGCUCCGUGGGCGCAUGGCUGGAGGCCCUGGACCUGGGCCGCUACAAGGACAGCUUUGCUGCAGGUGGCUUUGGGAGCCUGGAGGCCGUGGCUGCCAUGGGCGCCCAGGACCUGGUGAGCCUGGGCAUCUCUUCGGCCGAACACCGGGAGGCCCUCCUCAGCGGGAUCAGUGCGCUGCGGGCGCGAGUGCUCCAGAUGCAAGGCCAGGGGGUGCAGGUGUGA